GUUAACAUCAUUCAUCUACUUGAUCAUCAUUCCAAUAACACAUAUAGUUUAAACCCGAAAUUAGAUCGACACCGAGCGUAAAAGCGAUGAAGAAAGGUACGGUUUGUGUAACGGGAGGUCGAGGUUACUUAGCGUCGUGGAUGAUCAAGAGGUUGCUGGAUGACGGAUAUUCAGUAAACGCUACUGUCAGAACUACUGAUUCAGGCUUGAGGAAAGACGUGAGCUACCUUACAAAUUUACCGGGGGCAUCAGAGCGGCUUAAAAUUUUCGACGCAGAUCUAAGCAAACCGGACACUUUCAAGGCACCAAUUAAAGGUUGCAUCGGUGUAUUUCUUGUUGCACAUCCAAUGGAUUUUGUAGGUAAGGAACCCGAAGAAGUGGUAACCGAAAGAGCGAUGAAGGGCAAUUUGGGUAUUUUACAGGCAUGUGUUGAUUCGAAGACGGUAAAGAAAGUCGUGUACACGUCUAGUGGGUCCGCAGUCGUGUUAAACGGGAAAAAUCACACCGAGGUUUUAGACGAGGAAUCUUGGAGCGACGUUGAUUAUAUCCGUGGUCGUUAUAAGGAUUUUGGCGCUCCGUAUUACAUUUCCAAGACAAUCAUCGAGAAAAGAAUACUUGAUUUCGCCGAUAAUAAAGGAUUGGACGUUGUGACUGUCGUUCCAAAUUAUAUUCAUGGUCCGUUUAUCGGACCUCGUUGCCCCGGUUCCGUGUACGUCUCAAUGGCUAUGAUCUUUGGUAAAACCGAAAAUUACAAGAUGCUUGUAAAAACGGAUUUCGUACAUGUUGAUGACGUGGCAAGGGCACACAUUCAUCUUCUUGAGAGCCCAAAUGCCAAAGGGAGGUAUAUUUGUUCAAAAAUGGGCAUCACAAUUGAGGAGUUGUACAAAUUGUUGUCAACAAGAUAUCCUGAAUAUAAAAUUCCAAAUAUUGACUUUUUGAAGGAUGUCGAGAAAGUGAUGAAGUUCCCUAGUGUCUCGUCUGGGAAACUCUUGGGGACGGGAUUCGAGUUCAAGUACGGGAUUGAAGAAAUGUUUGAUGAUGCAAUUGAUUGUUGUAAACGAAAUAACAUUUUAUAGGGGAAUUCGGUUUUAUGAUUUGAAUUCAAGAGAUUAUAGGGAUUUGAAUGACGGAACGAUGAUUUUCUUUUAUCUAUACUAUAUUAUUA